AAGAAGGGGCACAGCCUAAGUCGCAGCAGGGAAGGCACUGCGGGCCGGAAAGAGGAGGGAUGGCCCCGGCUGGGCCGCGAAGGCACCGGGCGGCGGAGGAAGAGGGGCGGGUCCUCGGCUGCGCAGGCCCGAGGGGCCGAGGCUGACUCUCCGCCGCAGCCAACUGGCGCAUCCCAGUCGCCGGCUGGCUGCGGUUUCCACGGGUCUUCCACCCGCUUUCCACCCGCUUUCCUACUUGCUCUUCUCGAUGUCUCCAAUCGGUCAGCCCCGCCGCCGGCCUCUCGAGGUCUCUGUCGCCCUGUUUCUUCACUUUUCGUGGUUCGCCUCCGCGUCCGCAGUCCCUCUCCUGUCUCCGUCUCCGCAGCGUUGGUCGUUCUCCCGGGCUUCAGUGUCCGAGACGUGAGGGCUUGACCCGGCGCCCGGGUCUGCCCCGAGAGGGAUGGAGGAGCCGGGGUCCCGCGCAGAGAUCAUGGAAGAAAUGACAUCGUGCUCCUUCAACAGCCCUCUGUUCCAGCAGGAGAACAAGGGAGGGACCAUUUACCGGAUCCCAGCUCUGCUCUACGUGCCCCCCACCCACACCUUCCUGGCCUUUGCAGAGAAGCGCUCCUCGAGCAGGGAUGAGGAUGCUCUCCACCUGGUGUUGAGGCGAGGCUUGAGGAGUGGUCACUCAGUACAGUGGGAACCCCUGAAGCCACUGAUGGAAGCCACAUUACCUGGGCAUCGGACCAUGAACCCCUGUCCUGUGUGGGAGCAGAAGAGAGGCUCUGUGUACCUAUUCUUCAUCUGUGUGCGGGGUCAUGUCACUGAGCAGCAGCAGAUUGUGUCAGGCAGGAAUGCUGCCCGCCUGUGCUUCAUCUGCAGUCAGGAUUCUGGCUAUUCAUGGAGCGAGGUGAGGGACCUGACCAAGGAGGUCAUUGGCCCAGAGGUGGAGCAUUGGGCCACGUUUGCUGUGGGCCCGGGUCAUGGCAUCCAGCUGCAGUCGGGGAGGCUGAUCGUCCCUGCAUAUGCCUACUGCAAUCGUUGCCGGCUCUUUUGCUUUUGGCUGCCCUAUAAAGCCAGGCCUCAUUCCCUGAUGAUCUAUAGUGAUGACCUAGGAGCCACAUGGCACCAUGGCAGGCUUAUUAAGCCCAUGGUGACAGUGGAGUGCGAAGUGGCAGAGGUGACUGGGAAGGCUGGCCACCCUGUACUGUAUUGCAGCGCCCGGACACCAAACAGGUGCCGGGCGGAGGCCCUCAGCACUGACCAUGGUGAGUGCUUUCAGAAACCAGCUCUGAGCCGACAGCUCUGUGAGCCCCCUCAUGGCUGCCAAGGCAGUGUGGUGAGUUUCCAGCCCCUGGAGAUCACAAAUGGGUGCCAGGACCCUGCUGGCAAAGAUGCCCCUACCAUUCAGCAGAGCCUUCUGUCAGACAGCUCACUGAGGCUAGAGCUGGAAGCUGCAACCCUGUCAGAAUCAUGGCUCUUGUACUCACACCCAACCAGUAAGAAGCGGAGGGUUGACCUAGGGAUCUACCUCAACCAGAACCCCUUGGAGGCCGCCUGCUGGUCCCGCCCCUGGAUCUUGCACUAUGGGCCCUGCGGCUACUCUGAUUUGGCUGCUCUGGAGAAGGAGGGCUUGUUUGGGUGUUUGUUUGAAUGUGGGACCAAGAAGGAGUGUGAGCAGAUUGCCUUCCGCCUGUUUACAGACCGAGAGAUCCUGAGCCACGUGCAAGGGGACUGCACCAGCCCGGGUAGGAACUCCGAGCCAACUCAAAGCUGACUGGCUUAGGACCCAACUUUCCAUAGAAGCACUACUGUAGGAGGCCACCACAGCCAGGACAGUGGAGGCCAGGAUAACAGAGGCUACCGUGUCUGCAGAGAGUCCAGAAAUGUAAUAUUCUGCUCUCUACCUUUUUUCACUUCCCCUUCUCCAAAGAGCAAAAUGAAAAUCUCACCAUAGCUACUGCAGUUGAAAGAGUACUGAACUGUGAGUUGAGAGACCAUAAUGUAGUCCUGGCUUGCUUUGGGACCUUGGACAUGUCAGCUGUACUCUCUGGGCUCAGGUCUUCGUCUGUAAAAUGAGAGGAUUGGGUCUGUGAUUUCUCUUCUUCCCAUCCCUGGGAAAGGCAGACUGCCUGCAUGCUCCCUGAUCAGCAAGUCCUGGCUGCAUAUAGGACUCUUAUCUCAAAAUGGAACUCAGAGGACUCAGCUUUUCAAACGACUCGCCACUUAUCCAAGUAUGAGGUUUCAAGCAGGUGUCAUGGCACAAAGGAAGAUGUGGGUGGAUUAUUCUCUUUUUAAUAACAAAAACACCCACAUCCUUCUAAUUGUGUUCAGAGCUCUGCAGGCUCACUGUUCUAGAGGAAUUGGGCAAAACAGUAGAAUCAUGAGGUCACUUACCUUCUCCAGCUUUGCAGCUCUGCUCAUCCUUCCCUUCCUUAUCCAGAAAGCAUUAUUUCCUAGGGAGAAAAAUGAGAAGCUCUAUGUCAGUGCUACUUACUGUUUCUGAAGGCAUGAUUCCUAUGAAAGAUAAAGUUCAUUAUUAAGAUGUUUCUUAGUGGGACAUGGACAUGGGUUAGGACUUUAAAGCACUGGACAAAACUUCCCACGGUCUCUGCCCUCGAGGAGUUUACAGUUGAUGGGGCUAGAAGAGGGAGAAAAUUCAAGAAAAUAAAUGCAGCUUGUAGAUGUUGGGCUCUAAGUUGGGGUGAUGGUAGCUCCUGAUGUCAUUAUCUUAGUUGUAUCUUCAUUGUGCCUGGAGUCAUCUGCCCCAGAGCUUGUCCAAGCUGCUGGGUUUUGCAGUUUGUUUCUCUUUUUUAUUUUAUUUUAAUUAUUAUUCUUAUUACUAUUAUUAUUUUUGGGGGGGCUGCAUUGGGUCUUCGUUGCUGCACAGGGGCUUUCCCUAGUUGUGGCGAGUGGGGGCUACUCUUUGUUCUGGUACAUGGGCUUCUUAUUGCAGUGGCUUCUCUUGUUGUGGAGCAUGAGCAGGCUUCAGUAGUUGUGGCACAUGGGCUCAGUAGUUGUGGCACACGGGCUUAGUUGCUCCAUGGCAUAUGGGAUCUUCCAAGACCAGGGCUUGAACCCAUGUCCCCUGCAUUGGCAGGCGGAUUCUUAACCACAGGGCCACCAGGGAAGUCCUCUCAGUUUGUUUUUCUCAGAACGUUGUCCUGGUCCAGCCACUCCUUUACAUGUGGAGGUCUUCCCCAGUAGGAAGGUCUCUGGACUCCCAAACCUCUGAAUCAGGUGUAUUUGUUGGACCUACUGAAAUCACUAUUGGUGAAGUGGGGAUGCCUCUUUGUCUAAUAGAUUUGGGGCUGAACUUUGCUGGAGCUUGUUCUCUCGGUCGAUAGCAGGUGGUUGCUCUUAUUUUAGAUUGUUUCCCCCAUAAGCCUAUUACUGUGACAGAUAUUCUGUUGUGAGAGAGAUCUUUUUUGUCUCUAUUUUGGGAGGAUAAUUCCUUAAACAGUCAUCAGGUAAAUAUAUUUCGUGCUGAGUACUGACCCCGGAGAGCAAGUCUUAGUCAUGGAAUGCAGCCUAGGAGGCUGGGGUUGCAGUCAUACCAGUCAGAUGGUAGAGAGCCCUAUAGCAUGAGAGUAGAGAUUAACUUCAUCUACUUUAGCAUAUGGGUUAAGCCCAGGGCUUAGAGGGGCUUUUCAGAAUCCCCUUAGCCUCUCAUGUAUUUGCUAAAGUUAUCUUCCCAAUACAGAGUUAUGAUCAUUCAGUCACUCAUUUAUACAUUUAUCUAAAUAUUUCUGUAAUUGAGUGCCUAUGCAUGAUGCAGGAUCCUUUCUGUUGCCAUUCCCUGGUUGAGAAUCAUUUUUGGCUCCUCGUUGCCUACUAAAGGGUGUUUACAUUUAGCCUGGCAUGUAGCACUCAGUUGCUGGGUGAAAUAAUGAAUACUCAUCUCUGUUUCUAUAUACUGAAGCUGCUGUCAGAGAAGACCUCUGUCAAGUUGGCAAGUGGAGGGGGUGGGUGUUUUGGAGGGGGCAGAGUUGGUGGUACAGGGAAGAACUGGGAAGAGGAGAGGAGAGGUUUGAAAGGGCAGUCCCCUUCUGACUACUAGAAAAUCCUUGUUCAGCAACGCUUUCCGGAGCAUGGUAACCCAAAUAGAUAGGAAUAGGGAGGAUGGCUAAGUUCUAAAACCAGAGUUCAAGGAUGGAGAAAAUGAGGAUACGAAGACUUCUUUGGAAUCAUCCAAGAAGGGAGUCAAGGAAGUCACAUGCCAGUGUGGACCACAGAUGUCCAGUUGUCAUAAGAAGUCUCAUCCAUCUCGAAAUUGCCCUCCCCUUUCUCCUUCCCCUUUGCUUCAUGUUUGCUUCUCCUUGGUGACUAGCAAUGCAACUCUUAAU